AUGCCGGCCUUGAUCGCACUUGUAGCAGCCGUCGCUGGCGUACUCACUCUUUCCCGUGCAGCCAGUCUGCGCCAAAGCGCGUUCGCGCUCCCUUCAAACACUACGCUCGACACGUGCCUGUCGUGCUCCACAGCGCCUACGUGUCCACUCGAUCCUUGCGUCACGAAUACGCCUGGUGGACUUCUGCUACUCACGCAGUUCUGGGACUUUGCGCCUGCCAUCGGUCCCUCGGACGCAUGGACAAUUCACGGUCUCUGGCCUGACACCUGCAAUGGUGGAUUUGACCAGUACUGCGACCCUUCGCGAAACAACAACAACAUCGCUUCCGUUCUUCGCUCGUCUUCGUCUCCGCAAGCCGCCGACACCCUGGAUGCAAUGAACCAAUUCUGGCUCGCUUUGAACGGCAACGAUGGUCAACUCUGGAGUCACGAAUGGAACCGUCAUGGAACCUGUGUUUCCACUCUCGCCCCUUCUUGCUACACGCAAUCCACAUACGUCGAGAAUCAAGACAUUGUCGACUUUUUCUCGACAACCGUGAGCCUCUACGAGAAAUACGAUAUCUACCAUACCUUGGCACAAGCAGGCAUCACUCCGAGCACCAGCCAGACUUACACCCUCGACCAACUUCACGCAGCCACAAGCGCACAGUGGGGCAAAGACGCCGUCUUCCGAUGCAGAAACGGCGCCCUCAACGAAGCUUGGGUGUAUUUCCACACAAAGGGAAGAAGCACAACUGCCGAUGCCUUUGUUCUGAGCGACCCACUCAGGUCCAACAACCGAUGCCCACAGACCGGCAUCAGAUAUCUACCCAAGUAG